CGGAAUGCCUUUGAUAAAUUAUUUGCUUGAAACAUUUACCGUCAAGUGCUGCAUCCAUUCAAACGCCGUCUUAAUUUUGCACAAGAAUGUGAUGUAAUGCUGCUGGAGCGUCCGUUUAUUUAGUUGGUGUUUGUUGACACAGUUAACUCAGCAGUUUCAUGCUUUGUCAUGACGUGUGUGUGGCAUCUAUCUCUAGCUCUCGGUCGAUACCGGAAAGAUAAGGGGCCGACCGUUGAGCUGCAUACCCAGCUAACCUCCACACUGCAUCGUGGCAUCUUGACCAGACUCCAAGAUGCCUCCAAAGAAACCUGCUUCACCUGCUGUUAAAAAACCCGCUAGCAAGGCGGCUACCACUAAGUCACCGACCAAGAAACCAACAACUACAGCUACAGCCAGUAAAAAACCGGGUGCGGCCGUGAAGAAGCCUGUGGCAAAACCUGAAGCGAAGCCUGAGCCAAAACCAGAAGCAGAACCUGUAGCACAAGGAAUUACAAUCGCGCUUGCUGCCCUGACCCAAGAAGUGCUGGCUAAGACUGCCGCUUAUCGGGAAACUAACAGGUGGCCGUUUGUCUACGAUGUUUCUGGUAAUUCAGCCACCUUUCUGCAAUAUCGGGACUGUAACAUGAUACAGGCUAUGAAUCCAGAUAGUUUGAGUCCAGAAACCAUACGUAUGGCCCUACUAGGAGGUUUGAGGUAUGGGAAGCCUGUUGUGGUCAAUUUGGGUGACUGUGAUUUGUUUGAUGCCUGCGUCAAAAAGUUUGAUUUGGUACAGAAAGGGCUCAUGGGAGAUAUUCUCUCCAAGGAGAUUCUGAAAGAAGAAAAGUACAUUUCCCUCGUUAAGGAAUCUGAUGGUUCAGAGUAUGACGCUAUAAGAUUCCUCUCAGAAAUCGAGAACUUCACGUUUAUCCUCCUCUCCAAGAUCGGCCCUCCUGAAUCUCUGAAGAAACAAGUCUUUUUGGUUGAGAUCAGCUGAUGAGUUUUCUUUGGGUACAAACCGUCUGGCAUUGGUGAAAUAAGCAAUUUACAAACAUUACAUUUGAAUAAUGUCUGAUACAAUGACUUGCUUAUUUACACAAGUUAAAUUUGAAUUCCUCAGACUUGGAGCCACACGUUACUUUUUUUAACUUAACUUAACUUGACUAAACUUAUUGAGAGUUACACUCAAUUCAGACAGGCGCUGUAGAAUCGCCCCAAACCAAAUAGAUUAGGAGCAACUCUAGGUCCAGCCAAAUAAAUUUUGGUUCCAGACAGGCGAACUGAACACAACAAUUAAAUUAGGUUUGGCUCAGCGUCGUUCAGAACGACUGCAGCAGUCUAUUCUUUUGACUUGAAGCGCGUCCAGACGCUCAUAACUUUUUCAGACAUUGAACUUUUCAUGUACUUAAUUCAAUUAUUUGGUUCAGCUUGAACAGCAAUGUGUUUUUUUAGUGUGUACGUGCGUGCGUGUGUGUGUGAAGUCUUUUCAAUGAUUCAAAAGGUAGAAAUUUAAAAAUUUGUUUAAAUGGAAUUCAUGUAAACAUUUGUUGUAUCUUAUCCGUCCAGUGUAAACAAAUGAGAAAUAUAUAUGAGAGCUUAUAUUAUUUGUAUAAAUUGAUUGAAUAAAAUAUUAAAUAUAUUUCCCACCUUCAACUUUGGAGCUAACUGGUAGUUUGUCUUUUGUCCUAUAUUCACAAUUCAACAACAAAUAAAUUCACUUUUUUUCACAUCAUUUGGGGUUGCAGAAGAGUUGAUAUUUUUUUUAUUAUUAAAAACAGAUACCUGUAAAAAAAUAGUUAAAACAAAUUAAAAACACACAUUAACAAAAACUGUCAGCACCAUUGAUUAAAGAUAAAGUUUUUACUUUACAAUUUUUUUUAAAAAUAUGUUUCACAAUUAUAAAACAGGCAAUGACAAAAAUUGAACGCAUUUUACUAGUGCUCGCAAUCUGUGAUUGUAAAAGUACUGUUGCAAUUUUUGCAUAUUUUUUUAGAACAGCAAGGACCAUGAAAUUACCCUUUUCCCUAUUGGUUGAUGAUUUUGACCGAGGCCAUCUGGCUCCCAGAAUAACACAAUGACAAACACACUAUUUCCUGUAUUACAAAGCAAUGGAACCAACCUAAAUUAUCUCAAUCUUCAUUUUGAAUCCAAGGGCAUUUUCAAAACCAGGGUCUUGGCUCUGGCUUGAUAGCCAAAGCCAGGUUGAAUCCUUGCUUUCACAAGAGCCUUUUGAUUUGUAGCCAAAGCCUGGUUGAAUCCUUGCUUUCGCAAGAGCCUUUUGAUUUGUAUUGUAGUAAGAACAAAGCGGCUACCAGAUGACUCAAAACACCUGUAACCAAGCCCUGUUACUAGCAACUAGGCUGAACCGUUGUUCAAAACCUGUCAAGUUGACCCAGUUCCAUUUCUGCAACCUCCGGGUUAGUAGUUUUUUUCCUAUUUGCUUUUAUAAAAACCAUUACUCUACUCUAGAAGGGUCUAUAAAUUCCGAGCAUAACACACCGAUAAGAUUGGGAAAUUGAGGGAGCAUUUAGUAAUAAUUGUACUGAAAAUAUGAAGUAGUUUUACCCUUAUACACCGAUGAGUGGCACUGGAUGCUCAGUACUUUCCUGAGUUCUUUGAACAAAAUCGACAGGCAAAUCACUCGGGUGGGAUUCGAACCAAUUGCUAGAGCAGAUGUCUUACCACUAGACCACAGAGAUAGUCUGAAAGCUAGAGGUGGGUCCGAAUCCCUUAUACAGAAAAUGCUUAUAAAUUUAUCUUUCCUUGGCAGAUUCCAUCGAGCCAAAAAGGUUAGCAGCUAGAGUACAGUAUAUGUACGUCUUAAAUGGUUCCAUGCAUUUUCCUUGUAUAGCUAAAAACAAGAUUUGCUACACACACAGUGUCUGUGUGCAUUAUUGUAGUAUGGCAUUGAGCAAACGCUUAAACAGUUUCAAAAACUCUUAAUAAAAACACUCCAGUCUUUAGAAAAUGAUUAAAACAUGAUUGCUGUGCACUAUAGCCUUCAAAAGUAGUACUUUGUGAAUGUAAAAUUUAUCAAUCUUUUUAGAAAUGGACUUACAAAAAUAGAAUGUUUUUGAUUUAAAAACUGUUAAGUACUGGUUGGGGAACAUGUUAGUAAGAAAAAAACUAAUAACACUACAUAACUAAGUUAAUGGUUAAGAUGUAUCCCAACAUAUUUGUAAUUUGUCGCUCCUUCAAGAAAUCUUAAAGAAGUUGAUGGAGAGCUUAAGAAGUAGUGAUGACUUAUAGAGAAAUAAUAUCAUACUUAUGAGCAAUGGUCUACACCAAGCUGAAUUGAAAGUCUAUGACAAAUGGCUUUGGCUGCUGGCUGAGUACUCUAGCCAUAGCCAUAGCUGGGAUAUAUCUUAACCAUGAAUAUAACUCCUUGACUUUGGACAGCCCCUACAGACCAAAUCUUUGUUUUGCUGCAAAUUUCAUGCUGGGGCACAAACAUGUAUUAGCAUCCGUAGUGGUCAUACUCAAAGUCAAGAAGGUACACUCUAAAAAUAAAAAAAAUUAAAAAUCAUUGUCAUAAUUUAAAGUAAGUUUGUUACACCUACC